UGUUCAAGUGCGAUGCUGAUGUUUAUACGUGUUAAUACUAAGUUGGCGCUUACGAGGCAUCAUUGCUGUUGCAAACAUGGCUACGCGCGCCGGCGUGCUCGUAUGCUUAACCGGGCUUCUGUGUUGCGCUUGCGCAGCUCGCGAGUGUAUCGAACUUACGAUCGAUGACAAUAUCCUUGCGGACUCCAUUUUCAAUGGGACAAUAUUGAAAGUUACCGCGAAAAAUGAGAGUUACGAUGAAAGUGCUAGGUUCAACGUUUUGGGACUAUGGGACAAGUUUCCGAGGAUCAUGGUGCCGGUCAAUGGGACCAGUGAACAGUGUCGGAGGGAUAGUCGGCUGUUUUUGGAUAGCCUUGAUCAGCUGGAGUUAUGGGCGUUACGAAUGUUCGACGCAACGGCCAAGCCUCCGUCCGGCAUACUAAGCGGCAAUGGCAACCAAUACGGGGACUUCGACGAAUGUUUGGGAAUCGAUGGAGCGGUGCGCGGAAAAUAUUGUUUGGCGUCACUGCAAGUUAAUAUUGGCGGAGAAAUGGGACACGACCAUUUGGACUAUUUGAUACAUAGCGGGCAUUAUAUCAGAAGCAAUGUCACAGAUAUGGGCCAUCGACUUCCGAGGUAUUCCAGUAUUCUGUGGGGGGUAUGUAUACCAAGUACAUGCAGCAGCUUCGAUUUGGAAGACGAGCUGUCAUAUAAACUGUCAGAUCUGGGUAUCUCUGUGAGAGUUCAAAACACUAUGUGCACCAUCAAGGACGUGAAAAGACCAUAUUCUUUUGGAAAAACGUUGUCAAUCACUUUUUUUUUAGCAAUUAUCCUAUUGUUGAGUUUGGGGACAAUGCUAGACGACGGAAAGGAAGGCGGAACAAACUUCGAGAAACUUCUCAACGCGUUUUCUUUGAAACGCAAUUUGAGAAAAGUAUUCGACUUGACAGACUCCCCGAGCAGAGUUCAAGGAGUUGACGCGUUCCGGGGACUAAAUGCUUUUGCUCUGCUCGUUGCGCAUAAAUCCAUGGCGAUGGCUCACAAUCCUUAUGUGAACAAGACUAGCUACUCUGAGGUAUUCGGGAUGCCAUGGGCAGUCAUCGGCCGUUCAGCAAUAGUUUACACGGACAGCUUUCUGUACCUCAGCGGAUUUCUGAACGCGCACAACCUUCUUCAGGAGUUAGAGAGAAAAGGUACCAUUGAUAUGAAGAGCAGACUGCUGACAAGAUGGUUCAGACUGUUCCCGAUGUUUCUAAGUUUAAUGCUGUUUUGCACCUACAUCCUUCCUGACGUCAAUAAUGGCCCCCAGUGGAACUUAGUGGUGGAGGAGCACAGUCGAGUCUGUGAAAAGAACAUGUGGAAGAGUUUCCUAUUCAUACACAAUUACUUCGGCUUUGAGGAGAUGUGCUUAACCCACACACACCAAAUCGGCAUGGACAUGCAACUCUACGUGGCCACGCUGCCUCUCAUGUUAGUGCUGUGGAAGUUCAGGACCCUGGGAUUAACCCUGAUACUGGGCGUCGCCACAGCGUCUACUAUUCUCAGAUACCUCGCGAUCCAGUGGUACGACAUCAGCAUGUUCGUGUAUUAUGGAAUUUCAGUUCAGAAACUACUGGACGCAGCGAGGUAUUCAUACAUUCUGCCGACGCAUCGCGCCACAAUAUAUUUAAUCGGUGUUAUUAUGGCAUAUUUCAUUAAAUCCAAACAAUCCCGCAUUAAUCUCAGUAACACCCAAGUGAGACUAGUCUGGGCAGUAUGCUUCGCGUUGGGUGCGUUCACGAUCGUCAGCCCGUACCAGCAGGGCCUCGAGGGCUACCAAUACGAGCAUUUUGACGCGGCUAUGUUCGCCGCCUUCACGCCGAUACUGUGGGGCUUGUUCAUGUGCAUCGCCCAUUGGUGCAUUUGUAAUGAUUAUGCUGGUAUAGGCACGUGGUUUGUUGAGUCGUUGAUGUUCAAGUUCUUCAACAAGAUCGCGUACGGCGUGUACCUCACCCAGUUCCCCAUCUUCUUCUACAACGUGGGCGUGCAGAGACAUUCGGAACACUACACGCCACUGUUACUGUUCCACGUCCCAGAAAUGGCGGCAGUGUUUCUAAUAUCAAUUUUGGCCACAGUAGCAAUCGAAAUGCCAUUCAACCAAGUGUAUAGGAUAUAUUUUGGAAAAUCACAGACGAAGCUAAAAGAAAAAUGAGGAGAAAGAAAACAUGACUGAAUUAUAAUUAUUAUGUUUAAGCCCAACAUCACGUAUUUAGUUUGUAUUAUUUGACUAUUUUUGUACCAUAUUAAGUGUAGGACAAAUCGUAUUAUGUAAGAAGAAAAUAAUAAAGGAAAAAUAAAUGACAUUACUUUUGGUAA